AUGACUGGAGCGUGUCCAAGGGGGUCCCGGCUUGAGCAGCCCCUACAAGAUCCCCCACGUGGCGGGGGAAAGUACGGGCUAAGGGAGCUACCCCGGCGGGCGCAUCCGACACGGGUGCCAACGGCGACUCAAGCGAUUCUGCCAAAGUCACGCAGGAUCCUCGGGACCCUGGACCAAAACUGCUCGGAAAGCUCCGCGUGGCCCCACACACCGCCAGCUGCAAGUUCGCCACCACCUCGCACGCCUCCGCCAGAUUCAGAACCCGGCACAUGGUCAGCAUGGGGUCUCUCCCCGCGCGAGUGGGGGGAGGUGCAGUCGGCGCUUCGCGUGGAUACGCCGUCGGCCAGCCUGGAGUUCGGCCAACAGACAAGCGCGGCGCAGAGAAGCCGAGGACCUGACGGGGGGUACGGAAUUGAGUCCCUCCCCUCUCGCACAGGCCGAUACUUGCUCAGCGUUGGCGCGCGCAGAGGAGCAACCUGGCCUGGGUCCGCGGCGAAGGGGGGACCGUUGGAUCCUGCUGGCGCCCAUUACCGCCACGACCUCCGCCAUUCCGCCGGCCUCGCCGGCCGCCCGAACCUGCCGAUUGAGGACGCGGGGGGGUCUGCUCGCGACGCCCCGAAUCCCAGCGACGUCCAGGCGACCCCCUCCCCCUCGUCACCGGAGAUCGCCGCGGAGACUGUUGCGCGGGGGAUCGCGCUCGGGGUGAGCGCUGGCCUGCCCGACCACGAGGAGACGGGUGGCGAGGAGAAUGAGGACGCCCAGGGGAUCGCCGAUCGCCCUCACCCCGCGGAUGAGCCUCGCGAUGCUCAGGAGACGGGCGCCGAGGAGAGGGCUGCCGCGGAGGCUGACGCAGAGGCGAGCGCCCGCGCUCCUGCCGUGGCUGACCGUCCGGGCGGUUCGACGCAACACGCGCAGGGGCCCACGAAUACUCCGGCGAGCCGACGCCAGCGCGCCGACAGAACGAGGACGAGGUGGACGUGGCGCCACAGGCAGGGCACGUGGGAGCCGCGGGAGGGAGAGGAACGCGGGGUAUCCGCGUGGGACGCGGCAGCAGCCGCCGCGGACGACGAGGGAACGGGAGAGGACGAAGAGGUGGAGGAGCACGCGGCACGAAUCGGCGCCGCACCGGCGCAAGCGGUUACGCGAGAACUGCCGAACGGCUAA